UCACAAUCGCGCGGGAAACGGGACUUACCGUUCUAAAUUCAGAAAAAUAUAUUUGCAAGAAAUAGGAAUCUCAAAAAAUUAUUCAUUUAUUUAAAUUACGAAUUAAAUUAAGUGAUAAUAUAAUUUAUAUUCUGAAAUUAGCUGUUAAUAUUUAAAAAUCCCCCAUAGGCCCCCAUAUUCUAUAGGGGAGGCUUUCGUUCAGCAGUGGACGGUAAAAGGUUGAAAAAAAAAAAUUCAAAAUGGUGAAUAAAAUAUAUAAAGUGACACACGAGAAAGCAGACAAUCAUGGAAGCAAACAUAAUCAGGUUCUUAUGUCGAUAGUAGUAUGCAUGCCUAUCUUAGCCUAUGGUACCGCAAUGGGCUGGAUUUCUCCCAACAAGGCCCUCUUGAUGGGAGACUCGUCGCCUUCAAACGGACCUCUAUCCGAAGAGGACGUGUCAUGGAUGGCGUCAAUUAUGUUUAUAUUCGCACCCAUCGCGGUGUUCAUUUUUGGAGUGGCGGCGGAUAAGUUCGGGAGGAAAAACGCUCUGCUCUUUGCAUCAGUCCCUAUAUCGCUUGGUUGGGCGGUGAAGCUACUCUGCGCUCAUCCAAUCGCAUUGAUCGCUGCGCGAGCGCUGAUCGGGUUCGGCUCUGGCGGAGGUUUCGUGGUCUGUCCGCUGUAUGUCAAAGAGAUUAGCGAAGACAGCAUACGCGGAAUGACCGGCACCUUCGUUAUUUUCUCACAGACCGUUGGUAAUCUACUGGUGUUCUUGCUGGGUGACCUCCUCCCUUUCCAUACUGUGCUAUGGAUCCUUCUAGCAAUACCACUGAUACAUUUCUGCAUCUUGCUGAGGCUACCCGAAACACCGUCCUAUCUCAUCAAGUGCGGCAAAAAUGAGGAAACAGCAAAAGUUCUAGGCUGGCUUCGCUCCCUUCCCCAUACAGAUAAGGCAAUCAGUGACGAAGUAGACAGGUUGAUCAUCGAACAGACGACGUCUGAACUAAAAUUUUCACCUAAAUUAUUGUUUGCUGAUAAAACUGCACUGAAAGCAUUCUUCGUGGCGCUCAUAGUGAAUCUUACUCGAGAGUUCUGCGGCUGUAUUGCUGUUCUCGUAUACGCUAGCCACAUAUUCGCUGAAGCGGGAAAAGAUCCUGACACGAGCAUCGCCCUCUCUCCCAAUAAGCAGUCGAUUUUGUUAGCUGUUGUACAGAUUUUUGGAUCGUUUUUUGCGUGCCAACUUGUAGACCGUGUCGGCAGAAAGCCGCUGCUGGUGGUGACGAGCACGGUGGCGGGGUGCAGCCUGUGCCUGCUGGGCGCGUGGUUCUUCGUGCGCGGGUCGGGCGCGCCCGCGGCGGGCUGGCUGCCCGUGGCGGCGCUGUGCUCGUGCAUCUUCGCGGACGCGGCCGGCCUGCAGCCUCUGCCCUUCGUUAUUAUGACUGAGAUGUUUAGUUUCCAGCUCCGCGGUACGGUGGCUACGUUAAUCAUGGCUAUCUCUUUGGGAACCGACUUUGCACUUCUGAAACUUUUCGCACCACUAAACACCUGGAUUGGUUACCAUUCAACCUUCUGGAUCUUCAGCUUUAUCUGCUUAGCAAACGUAUUCUACGUUAUCUUCUGUGUGCCCGAAACGAAAAUGAGAAGUCUAGAAGACAUUUACGCUGAUCUAGAAGGUAAGAAGAGAAAGAAGAAAGAAAACGUUGUUGAAACUAAUCAUGUAUAAAAUUUCUUUAUUAUAGUUAAAUAGGUUAAUAGGUAGGUACUUGUUUUUGCUUGUAAACUGACUUUAAAUACCGUAGAGCAGGGCUAUCCAGACCAGUUUCGGUCGCGACUAAUAUUUACACGGGCCGUGCUUUGAACAGCCCUGCCAUAGAGAAUAGAAAUAAAAUUAUUUAUGCGUCAUGUAAAUGUCAUACGUCGUAACUAUAUUGUCUAUCUGUCGUAACGAUACUGUCACAGUUACAUAGUCCAUCUGUGUUAGAAAAACAUCUACUAAUGCAGAUGGAGCUUUUUUUUAUAUUCGCCGGGAGG